AUGUGGCGUCGGUGCAGCACCGUGGCUGCCGUGCGGCUGCCGUGUGCCGCCAUCAGCGGCGGGGGCAACACCACGGCAGUCGCCGCAUCCUCUUCGCUUUCCUCGCCGCUCCUCACCUCUAGGCGGCACGCCGGCUUCGAUCUUCUCUCGCCGCUGUCGAAGCUCGGCCAGAGUCGAGAUCUGGCAGCGGACCUCAAGGCUGGCCGCCAGCGCAACAACCGCGAGAUCGUCGCCUCUUUCGAAAAGAUGCAAACAAUGGACGAGAUCCACUACCGCAAGACGCAGCGGCCCUGGGGGCUCGUGCCGCGCUACGCGAAGAAGCGUGUGACGGACCUGGUCGGCAUUCUCAGCUCCGAGGACCGGAUGGAGAUUGAGCAGGCGAUUGACAAGAUGCAGUCGCUGUGCAAGACGGACAUGUACGUGGUGCUCGUGCCGACAGUGGGCUACACCACCCCGAAGGCCUUCGCGAACUCCAUCUUUUUCGAUUGGGCCAUCGGAGAGCCCAAUGGAAAUGGCCUGCUGCUCGUGAUCGCGCAGCGGGAGGCGACGGUUCAGCUCAUCAGCGGCUUGUCCAUCGAGGAGUACUUUGACAACAACUUCCUCGCACCCGCCGUGCGUGAGGUUUUCCAGCCUCUUGUCCGAGAUGGCAAGCCGAGCCAGGCAACGGUGCAGCUCGUGUACGCGAUUGCGCGGCAGGCGCACGAGAUGCACAUGCGGUGGGAGAAAGGCCUGCUGACCCUGCCGACGCGCAACAAGGUCCGCUUUGUUGGCAAGACGGUGCGCUACGGUGUGAAGCAGGUUCCGUACCUUGUUGCGGGCGUCCUCUUCUUCACUGCCUGCACGGCGUGGCUCAUGAGUCAGCUGCUCGACACGGUGUGCCCCAAGUGCCAUCACCUCAUGAGUCGCGUCCGCGACGACGCCACGCUGCAGAAGCUGAUGACGCGUGGCCAAUACCUGGAGCUGAUCAACGGAUGUGCGUACUACCGCGUAUGGAAGUGCCCCCACUGCGCUGAUGGUCACAGUGUCGUGCUGUGCUCGCGCGACAUGCACCAGAACACGAAGUGCCUGCAGUGCAUGGACUGCCAGUACUACACGUGCAGCUUGGAAAAGGAGAUCAUGAAGCUGCCGUCGAAGCGCGAGGAUGGGUUAAAGAAGUUAACGUACAGCUGCGCUAAUUGCCACGUUGGACGCGAGGUGCUGCUACCGCUGUACAGGCCACUCGCCAUAGACACCGAGAAGCAGUGGUACGACUUUCUUGUCGAGGGCAGCCAGACACAUCAGAAGACGAACGGCAAACUCCAUCUAUAG